AGCGAGCGAGCGAGGGGGGCUCGGCGUUGCGCUGCGCCGCGCCGCGCUCGUUUUCCUCCUCGGGUUCUCACAAUUCAGGUCAAGAGUAUUAUCGCCUUUUUAGACGCAUCGCCCGGUGUAAAGAGCGGUAUACCGCGAAUCGGGGAUCGCCUUUUAUGGCUCGGUAUUUGAAAGCAAGCCGCCGCCGCAACUUGUCGACUUAAUCGCCGCGCUCCUGCCUCCUCCCGCGGCCGAGCUUGCUCCGUCGACCGAUCACUCUCGCUUCGUGGUACAUGUGCUCCGCCGACACGCCGAGGAAUUAGGGGAUCGGUCGCUACGGUGACGUGUGUUCUUGACGUUAUCGCGUGUGACAGUGCCGCUGAUAAGUCUUAUCUUUGAGGGAAAGAAAAUGUAUGUCUACAGCUACCAAGAGCUCUCUCACAGGAUGAUGUCAUCCAUGGAGGAAUUCCAGGAGGCGUUUCAGUUGUUUGACAGCCGUGGCGAUGGGAAAAUUCACGUGGCCCAAAUUGGAGACGCGCUGCGCGCUCUGGGACAAAACCCGACCGAGUCUGACGUGAAGAAGUUCACUCAUCAGCACAAGCCGGACGAGCGCAUCAGCUUCGAGGUGUUCUUGCCCAUCUACCAGGCGAUCAGUAAGGCCCGCACCUCGGACACAGCGGACGACUUCAUCGAAGGUCUACGUCACUUUGAUAAAGAUGGGAAUGGCUUCAUAUCCUCUGCAGAGCUGCGACAUCUUCUGACGACGCUCGGUGAGAAGCUCAGUGACGAGGAGGUGGAAACGUUAUUAGCAGGUCACGAAGAUUCACAGGGUAAUAUCAAUUACGAAGACUUUGUCCGCCAGGUGAUGUGCGGCUGAGUAGCUACUUAACUGCGUACAAGAGAGAGUAUUAUUAUUAUUAUUAUCAUCAUCAUAUCGUCGUCCUUUACUUUACCACUGUAAUCUGCCGAGUCUGUUGAAGCGUUUACUUUUGGAGGAUUAUCAUAUCAUAGCAUGUGUACCUAUACGGCGAUUUAUCUCGAGGAGAUCCUAACGCGAACACUCUAUUUUGUUAUGUAUGUGGGAAGAAGAGAUUAACCCUCUCUAUAUAAGGAUCUAAAUUAGUUAACCAAUGGUAGGUAAAGAACAAUCUAGCGCAUUGUGCCUUGACGUACUCCGACUUACGAGCAUUUAGCGAUAUUGAUAGUAAGCCACUCUUUAGCAAGAGAUCCGAAUUUCGCGGACAUUCCAAAUUUUUGAGAUAGACUUAAUGAAGAACCGAGAUUAUACGCGGGCUCUUCUCCAAGGCGAAGACCGAGCAUUUUGAUUCACGCUGGUAACCCUUAAUCGUGUUUUCUUGUCU